AUGUCAUGUGAGUGUUUUAUUGCAACACCACAGCUUCAUGCCGAUGAUCUGGAUGUUGUCAGUAGUCUUUUGAUUUUCCGAAUUUUUGAUCGGGAAGAAUUGCUAUGUAUGCCUCUUACUGCACUGCCGAAGUCAACGGUAAUUGCUUCAUCGUUAUCAUCUUCGGUGUCCUCAUCGCUUUUAACAUCAAAGACGCCGAUGCCUCCACCUCCAUCUCUUACACUUGCCAGUCCGUUCAGUUCUUCAAAUAGCGCAAGAAGUAAACUAAAUGGCAAAGGUGGCUUCAGUUUGAAUGCUUUUUGCUCCGAACGACUCAAAGAAAUUGCUGAAAAAGCAGGUUAG